AUGCUGAUUGCUGCUUUGGGUCCUAAUAUUCCAUUUCCCGCCUAUGGUGUGGGUACAGCCUUAUAUAAACGGGAUCAAUCCAAAUUUCAAACGGAAACUGUAGACUCAGUGAAAAAGGCCAUCCAGAACGGAUUUACUCACAUCGACUGUGCCGAAUUGUACGGAAACGAAGAAGAAGUCGGUGUUGCCCUCAAAGAUCUAAAUAUACCACGUGAGAAGCUUUUUAUCACCUCGAAAGUUUCAAGCAGCGUUGAAGACAUUUCAGCUGCCUUAAGCACUUCUCUCAAGAAGUUGGGACUCAGCUAUCUUGAUCUUUUCUUGAUUCAUGCCCCUAAGUAUCUUAAUGAGAAAAAUAUUCCCUUCUCAAAGGGCUGGGAAGCAAUGGAAACUGAACUCGGCCAAGGUCGAGUUCACGCUAUCGGUGUGUCAAAUUUCUACGUAGAGGAUUUGGAAAAAAUCAUGGAGACAGCCAAAAUUCCCCCACGCGUCGACCAAAUCGAAUUCCAUCCUCAGGUUUUCGUCCGCUCAAAGUCUCUCCUCGAUUACUGUAAAAGCAAACAUAUUAUCGUCGAAGGCUACAGUUCACUUCGUCCCCUCACAAGGGAACCUGAAGGUACUGUUAGCAAACUUGCCAAAUCCCUUGCCAAUAAGUACAAUGUUUCUGAUUCUUUGAUAUUGUUAGCUUGGUCCAAUGCCCAAGGUGUUUCUCCUGUUACUACUACCAGCAAAGUAGAACGCAUGAAGCACUAUUUGACUUACAAGACCGUGAAGCUCGAACAAGCAGACAUCGAUGCUAUCACCAAAGCUGGAGAAGAAUCUAGCAGACCGUUACAUUUCUAUUAA